CACCCCACGCCCCCUGCAGACCCGGGCUGGGCUUCCAUCAACCGCGGUGUGCUCAUCUGCGACGAGUGCUGCAGCGUGCACCGCAGCCUGGGCCGCCACAUCUCCAUUGUCAAGCACCUGCGGCACAGCCCCUGGCCCGCCACGCUGCUGCAGAUGGUGCACACCUUGGCCAGCAAUGGGGCCAACUCCAUCUGGGAGCACUCGCUGCUGGACCCGGCGCAGGUGCAGAGCGGGCGCAGGAAGGCGAACCCCCAGGACAAAGUGCACCCCACCAAGUCAGAGUUCAUCCGCGCCAAGUACCAGAUGCUGGCCUUCGUGCAUAAGCUGCCGUGCCGGGACGAUGACGGCGUCACCGCCAAGGACCUCAGCAAGCAAUUGCACUCCAGUGUGCGGACAGGCAACCUGGAGACAUGCCUGCGCCUGCUCUCGCUGGGCGCUCAGGCCAACUUCUUCCACCCGGAGAAGGGCACCACGCCGCUGCACGUGGCCGCCAAGGCCGGGCAGAUCCUGCAGGCAGAGCUGCUGGUGGUGUACGGCGCUGACCCCGGUGCGCCAGACGUCAAUGGGCGGACGCCCAUCGAUUACGCCAGGCAGGCGGCCCAGCACGAGCUGGCAGAGCGGCUGGUGGAGUGCCAGUAUGAGCUGACCGACCGGCUGGCCUUCUACCUGUGCGGCAGGAAGCCGGACCACAAGAACGGGCACUACAUCAUCCCACAGAUGGCAGACAGGGUGCGCCCCAAGUGCAUGGCACAGAGCCUGGACCUGUCCGAGCUGGCCAAGGCGGCCAAGAAGAAGCUGCAGGCGCUCAGCAACCGCCUGUUUGAGGAGCUGGCCAUGGAUGUGUACGACGAGGUGGAUCGGCGCGAGAACGACGCGGGUGAGCGGGGCUGGGGGUGGCUGCUGGGUGUCCCC